AGUUAAUGAUAACCUAAAGAAUGCAGCACAGUGUGUCUGGAGCUCCAACCCCUUCCAUGUGCCUUCCCCCCACCAUACUAAAUUGGUUAGGAGUAAAAACCUUGUGUGACUCCAUUCAGAGGUGACAGGCAAUGUUGGUUUCUGCUCUAAGAAGAUGUUCUGCAGGAGUGUCCGGUGCGGUGGUCCGGGCAGGGGUCCCCGUGACUCCUGGACAGGUGCAUCGUCAUAGUUCUACAUUCAGAAUACACUCCAGUGUGGAAGAAGCGCUGGCAGAGGGGAGGCCUGUUGUGGCACUGGAGAGCACCAUUAUUACUCAUGGAAUGCCCUAUCCCCAAAAUAUCAGAAUGGCAAAUGAAGUGGAAGAAAUUGUUCGGUCGAAUGGAUCAGUUCCAGCAACGGUGGGUAUCAUAGACGGUAAAGUUCAUAUUGGGCUCCACGAAGAAGAAUUGAAAUUCCUGGCGACCACCAAAGGCUGCGUGAAAGUGUCAAGGAGAGACCUGCCAUUCGUCCUCAGCCAGGGUCUCUCCGGUGGGAGCACUGUGUCUGGGACGAUGAUAGCAGCCCAUCACGCAGGGAUCUCUGUGUUUGUGACCGGUGGAAUAGGGGGAGUACACCGUGAUGGAGAGAACACCAUGGAUGUCAGUGCAGACUUGACUGAGCUUGGGAGAACACCAGUAGCUGUGAUAUCUGCUGGAGUGAAAUCCAUCCUGGACAUUGGCCGCACCCUGGAAUAUCUGGAAACAGAAGGGGUCUGUGUUUCCACUUUUGGGGAUUCCAGAGACUUUCCGGCUUUUUUCACCCCGCGCAGCGGCUGCCAGGCUCCAUAUAAUGUCCGCAAUGAGGAAGAAGCUGCAAAGCUUAUUGCUCAUUCCCUAGAGCUCAGAGUGGGCAGCGGGGUCCUCAUUGCUGUUCCUAUCCCUCCGGAGCAUGCUGCCUCUGGAGAGAUAAUAGAGGAAGCCAUUCAACAAGCACUGGAAGAAACCAGGCUGCAGGGGAUCAGAGGAAAAGAUGUGACACCUUUUGUCCUACAAAGAGUGAAUGAGUUGACUGGAGGAAGAUCACUGGAAUCUAAUAUUGCUCUUGUAAAGAAUAAUGCAAAGGUGGGAAGUCGCAUUGCUGCAGCCCUCUGCCAGAUCCGGAAACCUAAAGGGGGCACAAGAAAGGGACCCCAUCAGCGGGAGAGACAAGAGGAUGAUGCAAACCAGGAUUCUAGGCCGGUGGUAAUUGGUGGCAUCAUUGUGGACUUUAUUGCGAAGGCAACUCAGGAUAAAAUGGAGUUUGGAGGACAGACCAAUCCUGGACAAGUUCACCAGUCAUGUGGUGGUGUGGGCAGGAAUCUGGCAGAUUGCCUGAGUCGGCUGGGAGUGAGACCUCUGUUCAUCUCCGCUCUAGGACAAGAUGAGUUGUCUUGCUCUGCUCUGCAAUAUUGCUCUCACAUGGACAUGCGAGGUGUGGCACGACUGAAGGGUCAGAGUACAGCCACCUACUGUGCGGUGAUUAAUGGCAGCGGGGAGUUGAGCCUUGGAGUAGGUGAUAUGGAAAUCCAUCAGCAGAUUACUGAGAAACAUGUAUCUCAGUUUGCAGACAGUUUACGCCAGUCCUGCCUGGUAUGCCUAGACGGAAAUGUACCUGUAUCUACUAUACAGUAUGUGUGUGAGAUUGCACGGCAGAACCGAGUGCCAGUUUGCUAUGAGCCUACAGAUGUAGCUAAGGCAGCUAAACCCUUCACAUCUGACAGCUGGACAGCCUUAACCUACAUCUCACCGAACCUUAAGGAGCUCAUUUCCAUCAACAGGACAUUAGGUCAUUCAGUGAACUUCGAUAUUCCGUGUGCAUUCGAUGAUGUCAUAGACAUGGCGAUCACCCUGUCAUUGCCACUUCUGGAGAACCUGCACUGCGUCAUUGUAACCCUGGGAGCUCAUGGGGUCCUCCUGUGUGGUCACAGCUGCAAUGGGGUAUUGUCUUUACAUCCUAAUAACAAGACAUCAUGGGGAGACCUGUGUGCCCUACAUUAUCCUGCAGCCCCAAUCUCUGCUGAAGAAAUUGUUAAUGUUUCAGGAGCUGGAGACAGUCUUAUGGCCGGUUUCCUGUCUGGGGUCCUGGGGAAACUGGACACCGAUACCUGCGUCCGGAUGGGACUCCUGGCAGCCCGCUUGUCCCUCCGUUCCCGCGGGGCCAUCUCUCAGCUCAUCUCUCCCACCAGCAUCAGUGUGCAGCAGGUAGCAGAGGAGACAUGGCCUGCACCUACAGUCUGGACCAUCCCUCCAACCAAUGGGAAGUCCUUUCUCAGGACCAGACAUUAACAAAUAUCAUAGUGGAGCCAGUCAUUGGACUCAACAAAUUUUAACAGGGUUGCCUAUUUCACGAACUCAUUUGCCUUACACUCUGUGUGAAAUUUCCCCAAGUGCUUCUUCUUGCAGUUUGUCAGUACAGCAGUCAGAAACUGAUAGUGGUAACCUCUAGGGAAGCUUCAAACCAAAGAAUGAGAAUGUUAUGUAUCAGUUACUCCACUUGAAAUUUUGAAUCACUUUGUAGUAUGAAGUCCAACUCUUUUUUACAUUCACCUCAGUUUCAAUAAUUUGCCCAAUUAUUGAGGGGUGAAAUAAACAUUCGGCAUAUUUUAUUCUUGUAUUUAAUGUAAAGUUCCAGCCAAAAAACUGAAUAAAAAUGUAUAUCUUUAUUUUGUAUUUGUUUUUAAUUAUUACAUUUUAUUGAGAUUCAGCAUAAAAUUCAAAUAAAGACUUAUGCCCUGUA